AAACUUUUUGAUAAUCUUUGAACAUAUACAGUACAGAGAUCUUUAGUUAGAUCCAUCUUCAAAAGCAUCAAAAUUCCCCGACAAUGGCAAUAAUCACAGAAGAACAAGAACCAGACCAAAACCUAAGAAACAGAAAACCAAAAAAACAACAAACUUCACCACAAUCAAAACCCAACAAAUCAGAAAUUACUACACAAGCUCAAGCUCAAGCUCAAACUCAAACUCAAACUCAAACUCAAACCAACCCAUUUGUUUUCUGGUUCUACUUAACACUUACAGUCUCACUAGUCACACUCCUAACCAUCACUCUCUCUUCACUAACUUCAUCAUCAUCAGACCCUAAAUCCUUUUUCCUCUCACUUUCACCUCCAUUACGCCACCAUUACUCCCAAGGCCGUACAAUCAAAGCCCACCUAGCUAAAAAUCAACCACCCACUGAGAUUUUCACUGUGGAGAGUGGAAAGUUAGGUUCUUUGUCUGAGAAAGUUGUGAUUGUUCAUGGGUUUGGUCUUAGUUCAUUUUCUUACAAGAAAGUUUUAAGCUUUUUGAAUUCUAAUGGGGUUCAUGGGGUUGGGUUUGAUUUGCCUGGAAAUGGCUUUUCUGAUAAAUUUAUUGAUGUUCUUGUAGAGAGAGGAAAUGGUGUUCUUGAGAGGUUUUUUGAUGCUUAUAAUUUGAUUAGAGAGAAGGGUGUUUUUUGGGCUUUUGAUAACAUGGUUGAGACUGGUGAGGUUCCUUAUGAAAAGAUUAUGUCUCAUUAUAGUAGUUUGAAGACUGUUGCUAAGCCUAUUGUGUUAGGGAGUGACGAAAUGGGGAGGGUUUUAGGGGAGGUUAUAGAGACAAUGGGGUUAGCUCCUGUGCAUUUGGUUUUGCAUGAUUCGAGUUUCGGGAUGGUGGCGAAUUGGGUCUUGGAGAAUUUGGAGUUGGUUAGGAGUGUUACUAUUGUUGAUGCUGGGUCGAAGCCGGCUUUGCCUUUGUGGGUUCUGGAAAUGCCUGUAGUUAGAGAGAUUGUUUUAGGGUCGAAUUUUGCGUAUCGGAGGUUGGUUGAGGUGUGUUGUUCGAAGGGGGUUGGUGGUUUGGAUUUGGAGGCGAAUAGAAUGGUUUUGAAAGGUAGAGAUGGGAGGAGAGCUGUUGUGGGUUCAGGACAGAAGUUGAAUUCUAGCUUUAGUGUGGUAGAAUGGGGUGGUUUGGAUGGUGUAAAGGGAUUGCCUAUUCAGGUGAUUUGGUCUAAUAGUUGGUCGAAAGAGUGGAAUGACGAGGGGCGUAAGAUAGCUGAGGCGCUUCCACAUGCCAAAUUUGUUUGGCACUCCGGUGGACGGUGGUCUCAGGAAGAUGCUGCAGAUGAAGUAGCUGACAAUAUCGUCAAGUUUGUAUCCUCUUUACCGAAGUCAGUCAGGAAAGUCGAAGAAGAACCAAUACAAGAGCACAUCCAAAAAAUGUUCGACGUAACAAAAGAGGGCGGCGAUAACCAUCAUCAUCAUCACCAUGGUCACGGUGACCAUGAUCACCAUCACGGUCAUGCUCAUAUCUAUGCACCAGGCUACAUGAACUCGUUCGGCCUUGACCAUGGAUGGGGCACUUGAUCUAAUUUCUCCAUCCGCCAUCAAACUCUUGUUUUACGACUUAGAGUUGGAAUUCUAACAUAGACAUUAUCCAUUAUUCCUAGUGUGCUAUAUUUUUUGUGUGUAUUGUUCCUUGAUAUGCUGUUUGUAUUGUACAACUUUCUUCUUCAAUGGUUAGCUUCUGUAGUACAAGGGAAAAAAAGCUAAAAAUGUAUGCAAGUUGUGGUGAAAUUUUAAUGAGCUAAGGUUUAAUUUGGUCCCUAAA